AUGUCUGACAACGGUGCUUCCACUCUCAAGUCCUACGUCGACUCUGCCACUGGCAUGGUCCAGAGCGCCGUCGGUGCCGUGACUGGUAACUCCGCUACCAAGGUACCUACUACCACAACUCCUUCAGUACCACCAACAAGCAUAGACUCACAAACACAGGCCGAAGGCGAUGCCUCCCAGCAGAAGGCUGCCGCCGAACAUGACGCCAGCCACACCACCGCUAAGCUAGGCCCCUUCUCUGCCGACCCUAACACUGGCGCGAUAGCCAAGGACCAUGAACAGCGCUCCACCGGCGCCUGGGAUCAGACUGUCGGUUCCGCGAAGGAGUCCCUGGGCAAUCUGAUCGGCAACGAGAACCUGCGCAAGCAGGGCGAAGACCAGAACCUGCGUGGUAAGGGUGCCGAGGCGGAGGGACAGCUGAAGGAUUUCGGUGAGGGUGCUGCCGAUCGCUUGCAGGGUGGUCUUGGAAAGGUCGCUGCUGCUGCUACUGGCGAUCGCAGUGAGGAGGCUAAGUGGACUCAGGUUCAUGAUGAGGGCAAGGUUAAGCAGAGGGGUGCUGAGCUUGAUAUGCAGAAGCAUGCUUAA